UUUCUAGUUUCCAGGCACGCAGGCAAAAAAGUACCUAUGAACUGUGAAUAUACAGGCUGUCGAAUAUCAGUGAAUACCAAACAUGUAUUUAAGUAUAAAAAAAGUUCCACGAUUUAUACAUUCUGAUAUUUUGAAAUAUCGAAACAUCAGAUACUACUGUAAAAAAGUGGAAGACGAUACAGAAAUUCCUACAAAUCCAUUGAAAAAAUUCUACAGUGCAAAUGACCAGUCUACUAAUGGUGCUAUAUAUGAUAAUAAACCUUUCAAAUUUACUUGUAUCGCUGGAAAAAUAUAUCAGUGGUGCUUAUGUGGUAGAAGUCAUAGACAACCAUUUUGCGACGGCACUCAUAGGAAUCAACAUCUUAAAAUCAAGCACAGGCCUAUACGUUUUACCGUUGAAGAAACCAAAGAUUAUUGGCUGUGCAAUUGCAAACAAACAUCAAAUCGACCAUUCUGCGAUGGUACACAUCUAAGAGAAGAUAUCCAAGAAAAAAAAGUAUAGAUGUAUAUAAUAAUAAAUUAGUUUUGAGUAAAAAGACUUCUUGUAUAAUACAACUUUUGUUAUGAAAAAUAUAUUAUCUUAUUUUGUUAAA